AUGACCAAUCAUGAAGGUCUUCCAUUAUUUUCCAAACUAAUUUUUUAUGGCAUGUGUGGCUUCUUUGUAGAAGUUUUGUUCACUGCUGUUUGGUAUUUAUUGGAUCCUAAAUACGCGUAUGGAUGGACCCUUCAUGGUUGCACUUCAUUGUGGUCAUUUCCUAUAUAUUCAAUAUCUACAUUUGUUACAGAAAAUUUAUAUAUAUUUCUUAAGCCUAAAAUUCCCCUUCCCUUGCGAAUAUUCGUUUAUAUUUUGUGGACGUACUUGUGGGAAUAUUCAACUGGUUCUAUUUUACGUUUGUUUAAUGCGUGUCCUUGGAAUUACGAAAGCUACACUACUUAUCACGUGCAUGGGCUGAUAACAUUUGAUUAUGCUCCAUUGUGGGCACUAGCUUUAGUUUUAGGAGAACUUGUUACAAUAAAAACUGCUUUACGAUUGCAAUAUGUCUCGAAAUCCGAUAAAAUUGAGUAG